AUCACAACAUACACUUUAUUUGUGUUCACAAUGACAUGUGUAAUGAGAAGUAUUUUAGUCGUCAUUAGUAUUUUAGUACGAAUAAGUUUUGGCAAAAGUACUAUUUGUGAAAAACAAAUGGAUGUAUUUCUGGAAGGAAUUAAAAACCAAGAGCCCUGGGCUUCUAUAAUGUACGAUUCAUGGGGUAGAAGACCAAGUGGAAUUUAUUCAGGCAAUACCGUAGACUACGGAAACUUCGAUCAAUGUUAUAAUUUUGCUCAUAUCCAUCCGAUUAUAGGAAAACUUACAGGAAAGAACUGUAUUAUUCCGCUGCAAAAUAAUAAUACUACAUCCUUAUAUCGUAUAAGUGUUUGCGUACCAAGUGUGUGUAAUUCAGAAGAUAUACGAAGUUUACUUUUAUCACAUUUUUCAAUGCAAGGACUAUAUAUUCCAGAGUACAAUUCAACAAACACCUGCGAAGCUAAAGAUACAGUGACAUAUUCUACUUUAUUCUGGAUAAACAUAGUUUUUUUUGCAACAUAUUUCUUGUUUAUUGUAAUAACAACAAUUUAUGGUAGAUUUAUUCAUAAAGCAGAAAAAUCAAAAAAGACACUAAUAUUAUUUUCAAUUUAUCAAAAUUUGACGAAUGUUUUCGACUAUACGGAUCAUAGAAAACCACAAUUAAAUCCUUCAAACAGAACAACGUUUAGAAAUAUUAACUGCUUAAAUGGCAUACGUGUUCUAUCAACAUUGUGGGUCAUUUAUCAACAUACAUAUUAUAUGCAAUUGUCGUUUCCUUUGAUAAACGAAAACUAUAAAUUACAGUGGGCACAACAAUGGUUCUCUAUGGUAUACAUUUCAGCGCGCGUAGCAGUUGACAACUUUUUGUUGAUAAGCGGAACAUUGAUUUCUUGGAAUUAUUUUUCUGAUAUGAAACAGGGAGUUUCGAUGAAUUUUUUAAAACUUUAUUUGGCACGCUACAUUCGAAUUACUACAGCACUUACUCCAAUAGUUUUAUUUACACUAGGACCCUUAAAAUACACCGCAAAUGGACCUGAAUGGACAAUACGAACAAAUCAAAUAGUCGAAUUUUGUGAAAAAUAUUGGUGGACUGCGCUGUUGCAUGUUCAAAACUAUGUGAAUCCUUAUGAAGUGGUAUUAUUUAUUAAUUAUAAUUUUAAUUUUGUUUUGAAAUACGUAUUUAUAUCUUAUAUAAUAUCUUUUAAGUGUGUUGGCCAAGCUUGGUAUUUAUCAGUAGAUUUUCAACUAUACCUCAUUUCACCGUUAAUUUUGUAUCCUUUAUGGAAAUACGGAGACAAAAUAUUAUGGAUCAUUCUAGGAGUUAUUUUCACAAUUGUAACGUAUACCAUGCUCAUUAGUAUUUACAAAGAAAUAUUUGUAUCUUGGUUUUUAAGAGAUACUGCUGAUCUUUACAGAUAUUUAUACAGUCAAACACAUGUGAAGGCAAUGCCGUGGCUUAUUGGAAUAUAUUUAGGAUAUGUCUUAUUCAAAUUUAAAGAAAAAUAUGUCGUUUUUUCCAAGAAAGUUUAUUUUACUGCAUGGAUCUUAACAAUUUUUGUGAUCGUUGGUGUAGUUUUCGCACCUUUGCCACUACAAACACCAGAAAUCAUUGAUCAGACAACAUAUUUUACCGUUGUAUAUGUUACUAUUCAUACAUUUAUGUGGACUUUGGCGAUGGCCUGGAUAAUUUUUGCCUGUUGUUACGAAUGUGGACCUGGGUUUGGAUUUGUUCAUUACUUUUUGGCACACCAAUUUUGGCAACCCUUAGCAAAAAUUGCAUUUUGCAUGUACAUAGUACAUUUACCAUUUCAAUACGUGAUGAUUUCUUCAAGGAAAAUUAGUGGACACUUUACUGAUACAAGUACAUUGCAUGCAUUUUGCGGAGAUGUUGGUUUUGCUUUUUUGAUUGGAUCAGUUUGGCACUUAGUGUUUGAAUGUCCAUUUAAUGGAUUAACAAAAUAUUAUUUAAAGAGAUCAAAAAUAACUAAUAGUAAUUUACAGACCAUCGUGGCAAACUAGAUUAUCAGAUAUAAUAAUAAUAAUAAAUAAAAACUAAAAAAAAAAUUACCGGUGAUCCGAAAUUGUGGCCAAUUUCAUGAGCUAAAGUAACAUGUGAUACAGCAGGUGGAACGUGUUUACCAUAGUUGAGUAAUGUAACAAUUCCAGUGUUUAACGAUUUUAAUGACCCACGA